AUGCGAAGGACGUUCAUCACUUGGCUCUCACGCUCGUGGCGGCCGCACUCAGAGCUCAUCCAGGGAUGGAUUGCCGGCGCCGCCAGCGAAUCGCGGCAGCUGCAGCAGGCCCGCGCGUACAUGCAUGACUUGCAGCUGCAGGACGUCCUCACGGACGUCGACGACGCGGUGGAGCUCGUAUACUUGAUGCACCGCAGCGCCUAUCCGGCGGGGAGCCACCUUGAGGCGAGGGCCGGUGAGUUCCUCGCGGAGUCUGCGGUGCUGGUGACGUCGGCGCAGUUGUUGGAAAUAGGCAGACGGCUAAAGGAGCAACCCGCCUCCGGCCCGCUGUGGUCACGCGUAGUGUUCGAGAACGCGUGGUUCACUAACCGCGCCGCGGAGCUGCUGGGCGGCCUCACGCUAGAAGAGCAUCUGACAUUCUGUGCCGCAUACUGGCGCGCGGUGCUCACCGCCCCGUCACACCCCUCAUCGUUAACUCCUGCUUCUGCUGCUGGUUCCACUACUACGACUGUUACCACUACAAGUGCUGGGGUCGCUUCUCCUCCGACAUCAUUGGCAUCAACAGCGUCACGGCACGCGGUGCGCGGUGCAGCCGUAGCGGUAUCACAGAAACUCGCGUCUCUCACUGCGCAACGCAUUGGGCGGUGUAGUGAAGAUGACAACGACAACACUGGCUGGGCGGUGUGCCUCUGUGUCCAGCUGGAAAUUCCUUUACACAAUGAGAGUCUUGCCGAGCUUCGUCAGUUGCUGUUGUCAUGCACGCGUAACUCACUCAGCGCCGUGCAGGUGCUUGAGGUGGCGGAAGCGCUGGCGUCGCAACGCACCGCCGACGCCGUGUGGGUCGACGCGUUGCAGGCGGCGAUGUGCCGACAAUCGCCCGGCAGCAUUAACGUACCGCAUGUCAUUGGCCUGCUUCGCGCAAUGGCAGUGGUGCGGCUCACACCGCCCAGUGCAGAGUUGGAGCAGUUGCUGCUUAGUCUUUUGCCUGCCAUGUCAGCGGAUGCCACGCUUGAUUGUUGCUGCAGCCUUGCAGCAAUGCCAGGCACGGCUUAUCGCCUUCGGGCGGAACUUCAACGCGUUUUAGCCUCCCCAUCCAAGGCGCAGCUUCAGGGAGUUGACGACGUGCUGUUGUGGAAACUGCGCGGUAUGUCGCUGAUUGCACCAGAAGAAGCAAGAGCACUGCUCUCGGGACUCGUGGAGCGCAUAAAGGAGACAGAGAAAAUGCUUUCGCCAGCUGCAGUAAAAUCUGUUGUGCGCUGCAUGUCGGAGCUUCGGGUAUUUCCACCAGAGCUCGUGUCGCGCUGCAUGGCAUCCUUCCUCCAGGGCGCGCUGCCAUCCUUUACCCAGGAGGACGCUGUAUGGGUGAUGUACGCCGCAGCCCAUGCGGGGGAGCCGGUGGAUGGCGUCUUCUUCAAAGAGGCACUCCACCGCUUCGCCGCCACGCGCAAAUUUGACCGCCGGAAGCACGGCGCUAAUCACAGAAGCACUCUGUCCAUCGAAACAGUGUCGAUGUUGUUGGAGGCUCUCAGUAUCGCGAAGGGUGGCCGUCUCUCGAGUGACUCCAAAGUGUACGCAGUGGUGCGUGAGGCGGUGGAGCGGCAACAGCAGCGUCAAGAGGGGAUGACAGUGGGUGAGAGGAUCCACAUCGUGAAACUACUCGUGCAGCUCGAAGUGAAUGACGCCUCACUGAAAACAGCGCUACUGACAGGCGUUUCAAAGUCUAUCGCCACCCUGACAGCGGUACAGGUAGAGGAGUUGUGCGACGUGCUGGUCGCGCUCAAGUCCCGCGACAUUCUCAUGUUCCGCGCGCUGCUUGCCCACUUGGCACAGGCGCAGCCGGAUAGAGAGUCCAUCACCUCCAUUGCGUCAGCUGCGAAGAAGCUGAAGUUCACUCCGUACUUCCAACAGUCCCAACUGGUGACGCACAUCACCUCGCUGGAGGGAUGGAGCGUGUCUGACAUCGUGCUGGUGGCGUCCGUCUGCAACGAGAAGCAGCGCCUUGCUUUGCUUGCGCUUCCAGGGGCGGAGGUGCUUGCCCAAGCACUGCCGGACGAGCUGACGACGUUGGAUCUGUUCCUAUUGCUCGCCAUUACGGACGGUGGUGAAGCGCACGUGUCUGCGAUAGCGGCGGCGCUAAAGUCGCGCCCCCCGCUGGCUGCGGAGGAGCUCGAGGUGGAGGAUGUGUGGCGUGCGUUCGUUAAUGUAGUGCGUGACAAGGAGGCACUCGCAGCGGUGUGUCGCUGUGCUGCGGCCACCGUGCAGCGUGCCGACGAGAACACACUGAUGCGCCUCCUCGAGGCGGCGACAGCGUCUCCAGAACUCCCCAACAUCUUCUUUCGUGUGGUGGGCAAAGCUGUGCUGCGCCUCGCCAGCAGUAUGGCUGUCGAAAACGCAUCGCGGUGGUUGCAGCUGUACGUCAAGAACAAAAUACGUGACGAUAGUGUAGGUAAGGCUCUCCUCACAAGGGUGCGCACGCGCAGCAAUAAUGCAGCUACUACGGUGGACAAGACGCUGCGUGAGGCCGCUGUCAUGUACGGGAAGUCGUACACGCUUCAGCCCAAGUUAAAGAAAACACAGGAUAAAGUUGAGUGGUACACGCACCGAACGGUAUAA